AUGAAGGAAAGACUGAUGUUGUAUUCAUAUUGGCUGACCUGAUGGAGAGUUAUGCAGACACUGAGCACAGCUUCAGUGAGUUGGAAAGGCUGAAAGUUCUCCUUGGAGAUCACUAUCAAGUCUUCAGCCCCUCACUUGAGGAAGUGGAUCAUGAGAGCUGGGUUAACAUGACUGAUCAAGAAAAGAAAAAAAAAGUGAAAAACGUCUGUGGUGAGCUGGCAGCUUCAGUAGACAAGUGGAGUCGAGACCACUUGUACGGAUGCAACUCUUCGGGCAUAUUUGAUUGGUGGGGCCCAGGUUGGUGGGUCUUCACACAUAUUAUCUCGAUCCUAUGGAAGAUUGCUUGCUGGGAAUUUGGAACUAUGCCUAAUAUCCUCCAAGGUUUCCAAGAUCCUGCCAUACCUAAGGACAUGACCCUGAAGGAACCGAUGCAUCUGGUAGAUGCCGGACUCUACCUAAACUCACCAUAUCCUUCAGUCUUGGGAAAAGCCAGGGGCAUAGAUCUCAUCAUAUCCUUUGAUUUCAGUGAAGAUGACAAACCUUUUAAGACUCUGAAGGUGGCCAGUGAGUAUGCAGCCGCCACAUGCCAUCCCUUCCCCAAAGUGGUCGAACCUAAAGACUUAAAGUCCUACUAUGUCUUUGAGGAAAAGGACAAACCAACUGUUAUUCACAUUCCCCUCUUCAACACGGAUAACUGCAAAGAUCCAGAAACCAUUAAAAAGGAAAUGAAGGAAUACACAACCUUCCAACUGCCCUACAAAGACGAAGCAAAGAUUGAUCACUUGGCACAUCUGGCAGAAGUCAAUGUGAGCAUGAACAAAGAUCACAUCCUGAAAGAGAUCAAAAAAGCUGUGCAGCGACGCAGUCGCCACUGAAAAUGCCCACAAGGG